AUGUACACGGAGGACCUGCACCCAAGUUUUUCGAUAUGGAUUUUGUUUGCAAGGUAGGCCUCAGUAGCGGUUUUUCUCAUGAGCUUUAAAACUUUUACGAAAAUCCCUGGUUUAGAGCGACUAGGUGUUAGACAGUAGAAGAGAAAGCCACAGUUUUCAUCUAAAGAGACUGUAGGAAAGUAAUCCCAGUUACACUAACAACGCAUGGUCUUCGGGUCUAUUAAUCUUCCAAGUUCAAUAAAACUUCAAAUAUUUGACGACAAUGGGCUUAUUUUCAAAAGUGAACCAUACAUAGCUGAUAAGUAAUGUCCCACACAGUGUCCUGCCCGUUGACAUGACCACAAACGCGUCAUGGGCUCUAUCACACAAGGUCGCAUCAUCAUAGACUGUACUUGUAAGGUAGUUUCUGACUACCGAAAUGUAAAAUGUGUCACUUUGUUGCCCUUCUUUUCAGACUGUCCCCCAGCCAAUUGACGAUGCGGGCGUGGAAGAACGUCAUUUAGAGAGGUCACGAAAGCGUAAACCAGACAAAAAACCGCUCUGUGGGAAGCAGAUAUGGCCCCUGGCGGAGACACAAGUGGUCACUGUUACCGCGAGGUCGCUGAGUUACGACGAGAUGAAGCGUGAUGAAGCAUGGAUAGCCCCGUAAACAAUUUAAAAAUGACUAUUUUGUUACUUUCUGCUCGCUUACUGCCACUGCUGAUCGCCACAGGAAAAGUUAGUACAGUAGGUGGGUUAACUCAUAAAAUGUCAACCAAAAUUCUGAAAUGCGUUUUCGUUUCGAAAACUAGUCGUAAAACUAGUCGGUCUGCAACAUAAUUCUAUAAUGUUUCAGCUACCUCAGGAUGCCGGAUUUCGAAUGAACUUCCUUCCGGCCGCAUGCAUAAACUACACUCUGUGAAAAUGACUACUUAAGUAACACGAACUUGUCUCAUUGAUUUUCGAUGCCCCUAAAAAUCCAAUUAUAUUUCAUGGAAAACAUGCAUAAAAUUAUUCAUUAUUUUGCCCAUUUGGUGGAUAAUUACGUCUCCUUCCAAUCUUCUACUCGAUGGAAGGGCAUAAUUCGGUUUUUAAAAACUCUUCCAAUUCCCGAAUAACUUUGAACCCGCUCUACCGUUACACUCGGAUCAAGGGUUUCGAGACUAGGAACAGUAUAUUUUCAACGUACAAAAAACCACACAUUUCUCUUAGGUAAUAAAGGGGACCAUAUAGGGUUCAUAAAAAUAAGCAGUGGAUUUGAUCCAUAUUGUUAACUUUACAAGCCACAUUGGUAAAUGCAGAGAUAUGACGAUUUAUGAACGACCCCUUCACAGUAUUUAAUAGUCCCACAACUAGAAACUUUUUUUAAAACCGAAUUAUAUCCCUCCUUCGAGUCUAAAAUGAGAAGAAGACGUAAUUAUCUACCGAAUGAGCAAAAGAACGAAUAUUUUAUGCACGUUUUCCAUGAAAUAUAAUUGGACUUUUAGGGGCAUCGAAAACCAAUGAGAAAGUGCAUGCUACAUAAGCAGUCAUUUUUAACAAAGUGUAGUUUAUGCAUGCAGCCGGAAUGAAGUUCAUUUGAAAGCCGGCAUCCUGAGGUAACUGAAAUAUUAUGGAAUUAUGUUGCAGACUGACUAUUUUUACGAGCCUACCUAAUUAAUCUUUUCGAAACGAAAAUGCAUUUGGGAAUUUCGAUUGACACUUCAUGAGUUAGUCCACCUACUGUAAGUUUUACGGUGUGAUUGUUAAGAUGCCGUAGACAUUCGGGUUGUUCUUUUCACUGCCCACACUGUCACGCUACCUUUACGUGGCAAACGUAUCCAUCACUAUCUGCUCUUCUUAUUACGUUGGUAACCACGUUGAUGCGCUUCAGUUCCCAUGCUCCAGAAGUACAGUGGAAGAUUCUGCUGCGUUUUCUUGACGUUAGUUUCUGACUCGAGUAAUUCACCGAAACGCUGCUGUCAAUGUCGUUGACUACUUUUUUGUCCAAAAGACGCGCUCUUCUGAGACAUGCAGACUGAUUUUGCGUUACGGCAUCUGCCUAAAGGCAUCAUUAUAAUGAAUCUUCAGAUAACCCUUGCCCAUUUUGGUGAAAGGCCUGCUUUUAUUAACCUGCCCCGUAAUUAGAUUUUAUUGAGGAUGACGUGACCCCCUAGUUCUACUCAAAAUGAAGAAGUGAUCAGUCAUCGUGAUCGUGGAUCACAGCAAUAAAAACCUUUUGCCCAAAACUCAGGUUAUGAUAACAUAUAAAGACAAGCGAUAUCGCAACUCGAGUAUUUGUCAUUGCCAUUGCAUAUGUACAAACUCUGCUACCUCAAUCGAUUUAUUGCAUUAUCGAGAGGGAUAUUUGAGGGGGGGUCUUCAUAUGUACCUGCUUAAACACGUGUGGUCGAACGGUUUCACCAUGAAAUACAGAAAAGUGGCAGGCAGGACACCAAGGUUUGCCUGUGGGAUUUCAAUAAAUUGUCAAUCAUAUAGUGCUUUAGUACUCUAAACCCCGAAAUUUGUAAAUACAGAUACUUCAGAUGGGAAACUGGAAUAGCAUUGACCGUUUUAUUUUCUCCAACUUUUUAAAUGCACUCUUUAAUUCGUAAUUAGACAGUAGCAAGUGUGAGGGUGUGCAGGCUUGAUAAUUACGAGAUUAAGCAAGGCAAGCGGUAUACUCAGAUCCCCGACUUUUUAAGGACCUCCCAUAUUAUUAAUGACCUUGACCUUGCCUUCGAUUUAUCGAAACAUUCAGGCCACCGCUGCCGCAUGAUGAUCAGCUGGUCACUAAACAGGAUCAUCAGAGGGACUUGGAGUGUUCCCCUGAGGUGUGCGGAAACGUCCUCAGCGAAAUGUUGGCCAGUCUGCUGGGCGAGAAGGACUUCUUAGCUACCCUGGCGUCGGCAGCAUUCUCGCCAGAGAAAAAUCCCGAUUGUCUGGAGACGGUGAUUGAUGACCCCGUUCCCUUCUGGCGGCAGAUUGGAGGGAACAGACAGGAACUAGACUUGUUCGGUGACAGUGAAGGUUGCAGGGAGCCACCAACUACCCCUGAGAAAGUGAAAGAGGAAGAAGUUCCAAGCGAACAGACUGCGGUCACUGAAGAGCUCAGUAAAUCACUCUCUGAAUACACACGGGCAGAUAUCAACCUAGAAGAUUCAGAGUGGCAGGACUUGAUGAGAAAAUUUAAAAGGUGAGCUUGUUUCGAAACCGCAACAAGGAAAAAUAACGGUUUCUCUUAACCCGUCUAUGAUAUAUGCUUUGUUUGGGAUUUUUAUAUUACGAAUAAGUGAUUCAAUUGUGUACAGUGAGUGACCGAUCUCAUGAAAUGUUGGCUGAAAUUCUGAAAUACGUUUCCGAUUGGGAAGGGUUACUUAGGCACGGUUGUAAUAAUAAUUAUCCUGCGACAUAAUCCUAUAUUAUGUCGGACUCGGCAGGAUGUCAGCUUUUGAAUGCACUGCAUUUUUAUCCCUUGUAGCAACUGUACUUGGAAAGAAAUGACUACCUAUGUAGCAUGCAUUUUUCGCAUUGAUUUUCAAUGGUCUUGAAAAUUCAAAUAUGUUUUGUAGAAACCACCAUCAAACAUAUUCUUUCUUUCACUCUUUUAAUAGAAAACCACGUCAUCUUCAUAUUUUAUACUCAAAGAGGGAGUGAAAUUAGGUUUUAAAAAAGUUUUCUAAUUCCCGAAGGAUUUGGAGCCUGAUCAAUCGUUGCAUUAGCGCUUAGUGAUUUCAGUCUACAAGGUGUAUGCGCUCUGCGUAAAGAAAAUCACAUAUUAUUCUAUGUCUUUAAAAAGAUACCAUAAAGAGUCCAUAAAAUUUUGCUAUGGAUACGGAUCAUGUUGAACAUUUCAUGAGGAGCAGUGGUAAACGGACAGGUACGAAGUUGUAUGAAUGGACAUGGCAAGGGUUUUAAAAAUCUCACAAUUGGAAACUCUUUUAAAACCUAGUUAUACUCCUUCUUCGAGUAUAAAAUAUAAAGGUGACGUGGUUUUCUAUCAAACUAGUGAAAGAAAGAAUAUGCUUGAUGGCGGUUUCUAUAAAAUAUAUUUGAAUUUUCAAGACCAUUGGAAAUCAGUGGGAAAAAUGCAUGCUACAUAAGUAGUCAUUCCUUUCCAAGUACAAUUUCUAUAAGGGAAAAAAGUGGCGCAUUUAAAAGCUGACAUCUUGCCGAGUCCGAAAUAGUAUAUGAUUAUGUCGCAGGAUAAUCAAUAUUACAACCGCGCCUAGGUAAUCAUUCCUAGUCGAAAACGCAUUUCAAAAUUUUGGACAACAUUUCACGAGAUCGGUCACUCAUUGUAGUUAUUUGCCAUACUGACAAGUACAGGUGCGACAGAUAAUUAGACAAUUGUAUAUUACUGGCUGCCUGUCGAUGGUUUGUGAAUAUUACGCGGUAAUUCCGCAGUAGCUGAUAGAUUUCAGCUCAGAUAUUCACAACAACCCUCAGCCUGCGCCUGAAAAGGCCUGUUCCGAAAAAUUUACUCCAAGUCCGCGCAUUAAUUUCCUCGGAAAUUAAACAAAGCAACAAGUACUGCGGUCCGUUUUUGGACUGAUACCCAGACGCAACAGUUUAUCUAGUAACUAUUCCCCAGAUUUGUCAAUAGCACAUAAUCACUAGAAUAUUUACUUUAAUGUGAGAAGAAAUGACGUAAGCUGGGCUGAGGAAUUCAUUGCAAUAUGGUAUACGUUCAGAGCAAAUCGUACUCGGAACGUCAAUGUCUGUGAUUGGGAAUGUUUUCAACUUCCUGCUUGACUUUGUAGCACGUGACACUUACAUUGGCUCUGGAUAUGUACACUAAUUUCAUUAGCAUCUCACAUAAUAUUCUCUGAAAGUUCGUAUGUUAUGGGUUUCUUCCUAAAAUGCACGUCUUUAGUGCAAUCUAAUAGUCACAGGUUCAUUUAGGUGCUUAACAAGGCUUGCAGAGCAGUUCACUAAUAUUUCGAUUGGUUUUGGUCUUUAGUAGACCUGUUUUCCUAGGGCUUUCUUCCAGUGAAGUUAUCUACCGUGUGUUCUGUAAGUCUCGGGAAUAAUCUUAAACGCAGACUUGGCUUUAAUGCCUGUUAAAAUUGUUUUAACAGCCCACGUUUCAUGUAAUUUCAUGUAUUACACUUCCUGACUUGGUAAUGUCCAGAAGGAAUCAGUUUGAACUGAGUUCCGAGCUGCGAAAUCAUUGUCCACAAACUUGACAUUAUAUUUAUCCGCUGCAACUGAUAUAGGUCAACAUAUUCGCAUAUACUCCGUCAAGAACCGGUAUGCCCCAUUCUGUGGCUCAAAGUUAGACUGGCCCCAUAGCUCAUUCGUUUUCUACUCCCUCUUUUCUAAUUAAAAACUAUAUUUGAAACACUCAGUCGAUACUUUAUAAGUUCUUUAAGGCUACUGUUGACUAUGCAUUCAACUUGCCCUCCCCCAAUUCCAGAUAAUAUGUGCAAAAUAAAUGAAAUCAGAUAAGAUGUGUCUUAAUGAUUAUGACUCUCCUUGGUUCGCAGCCACUCAUAAUGAUUCUGGACUCAGAUGGACCCAGCAUCCACAGUACAAGCUGUAACCAGCGAGGCUUUAGUCUUUUCACUUCCCGUUGUAUAAGUCACAAUGCGGUUUCUUGUUUAGCAAUUUAUAGGCUGUUUGGGAAAAUGGCGUGUCUGUCUAUUGAAUGUCACCGUACUUCUACCAGAAUCUUUAGGGCGCCCUGACGCCGAACUUCGUGAAUGGGUCCCAAAUGCAUUUUGGCGCAAUUUUUUGCCUUUACUCAGAAUUCAAUUUGCAAAAUAUGUUACAACUGGAGAUUCCAUGUUAAAUCGAAAAAGCACAAGUCAGAGGGGGUGAAAAGAGCUCAGACAAAUCUGCAUAACCGCGAAGGAGUAAUGUUUCCUUAAAAUUGGCACGUUUUUUGCUUGCCAACUAGCCGUGUAUUUCUCGCAUGCUGCCAGCAAACAUGUUUUCUCAAGGUUGUUACCAAAAUCUGCAGACUUUUUUCUCAAAAUCUCCUGCCUGCUGCUUGAACGUGCUUCUGUGUUAAUUAGUUGUGCAGAUUGCAGACUCCUUUGUGAGAGGAUUCUGCGCGCAGUUAUCUCCGACCUUUGCACGGAGGAGGUUCUCGGUGGAUGCUUCGAUGUCCCGGAUUCUUCAGAAAGACCUAGCAGCGACUGAUUCUUUGGACGCAAAGACUGGUCACGGAAUUGUCCUUACGGUUUGUUUAGUUGACAGAUUUAUUUCCCGAGUGUUUUUUAUGUAUCAUACGGAAUCGUCCAAUCUGGCCUCCAGUUCUCCUGACGGAGUCUUGCCACUAGGCCUUAAUUGGGUGAGAGUGCGACAGAUGCUGCUCAAGUCGGCUCUCACCAUAAACUAAUUCGUUCUCGAAUCACCCUCCCUACACCCGUCAUGCUGCAGGACACACGGCAGACAUUCUCGUUCGCGAUGGUCCAGAUAGCAUUUUUCGUUCAAGCUAUCACUUCCACCUUUUAUUUUACCCUUCGAGCACACAUUCAUUCGACCAUGAGGGCCUAAAUCUCUUACUCCGAGGAAGAGUCAAAGAAGGCAAAUCGUUUCUUAUCAUCAGCUCAGAUCUGGCAAAAGUCAUCACACUAGUUAUGCAUAACUUGGUCUGCAGUGGGAAUACAUUCUAGUCGCGUUCGACAAUAGCCAGUCUAUGAUGUGCAUAUUAAUAUGCUGAAGUAAAGUUCGAGGCUCGGGUGUUCCACACUUCGGGCUUGGGUAUGGCUGGCUGACGACGGCUAAUAAGCCAGAAAUGGCCAUUCCAGUCUCCCUUGUCUUUGUCGGUAAUACUAUUCUGCCUAUAUAUCAUGCGCCGCUGUGCGGCUGCUGGUUGGGCUCGAGAGAGAGCCCUUAAGGCACAACGGAACGAGUGAGUUCCGUAUGAACGAUCGGUCAGCGCCCCCUACCAAAGUCGCUUCACUUGAAAGCUAAUUUAGAGGCAGAGAUUUCUAUUCUGAGGAGCUUUUGUUUAUUUCUUUGAAAUUCCGGACUUGCACUCCUUCCUAACAUAAGGCCGUAUCUGUUUUUGUUUCUGAUGAUGAGUUGGAGCAGGAAUCCGAAACGUCAGGCGAAUAAAGCUCUUGUCCUAGCGGUCGUGUCUCCUUCCUCAUAUGGCCACUUAUUCUGAGCCUGCCAGCUAAUGCAGGGGCCUGAUUUCACCUAGGGUGGCGACUUAUGGCCUGAUAUUCGAGUGCGCUGUCUACCUAAGGGGCAGUUGGUUUUUCAAACAGAAUAUUGUUACCGAAAAAGACGAGGGAGAGUGUCUGCCUGCCUGUACGGCUUCUGGGGGUGGGGAGGCUCCGAGAGAGGGUCCCCAAGACACAACGGAACGAAUGAGUUCCUUAACAAGUUGGACGAGAACCCAUCUACCGACUAGUUUUGCGUCUGUAUUCAAUAACUGCAACGGUCCACCAAGUAGAGGGUGUAUCGACAACGCUGCGGGUUACGGCACCGAUCCGGAUUCGUUUCCGCCUUCAUUCAGCCAAUCGCAACCGUGAUCAGCAUUUGGGACCAGCAACAUAAACAGGAACGCCAACACAGUGCAGAUGGUUCACAUACUACACCAGUGCUGCAUAAAUGGUAGGGGACGCUCACCGAUCGUUCUUACGGAACUCACUCGUUGCGUUGUACCCUACGGGCUCUCUCUCGAACCCAAAAGGCAGCCGCACAGCGGCGCAUGAUAUAGGCAGAAUUUUAUUACUGACAAAGACAGGGGAGUUCCGUAAAAACGAUCGGUGGGCGUCCCUCCACCAUUGUAUAUUCCCGAUCAAAACCGAAAGGACGACAAGCCCGUAGCUCAGUGGUUAGAGGCGUUGGAACCCCAGGUAUUCCACACUUCGGCGUUGGGCAUGACUGGCUGACGACGGCUAAUAAGCCAGAAAUGGCCAUCCCAGUCUUUGUCGGUAAUAACAUAGUGUUGCAUCAAUCUGUUCCUGUCUCCGUCGGUUGACCUUCUGCUUAAUCUAGUUCGGAAUGAUUGGUUGUUACCUGUUCGGGACCUCAACUACCCAUUGAGCAAAGCCAAUGGGUCGAUGCGUGCCAAUCCCUGUAUGAGUCCAGGAGGUGAAUUCAAACAUGCCCACGUUGGGCAUCCAGUAGAACGCAAGUUGUGGUAAUUUGGAUCGACGUCUCACUUCUGCCUUGAACUUCCUUGUUUGCGCUGCUAGUUUACACUCGCCUGCCCUGCAUAAUUUCACGAACAUUCAUCCCACUCGUUGAAAUAAUUCACUCAGUUUGAUUGAAUAAGAUUCUGCAGCGAAGCAUGAAGUCAGGCCCUUGGACAACUCUCGGACCCAGGCCGGUCGUUAAGUCUGUGUCAGUAAAGGAGUAGUUUCCUUUUGGGUCUCAUGCUCUGCGCUGCCUGGGCUGAAUACGUUUUCGACUUAAAACUUUAUUGCCUGAAAGCCGCGUGUUUAUCUCCUCACUCUAUUCGAUUGGCUGAAAAACCGGUCUACUAAAAUGCACUCGAAGAUGCAGGUCUCCAGGUUUUCAAACAUGAUUUAAUUGUUCGUUCUUUUCCUCCGAUUUACUUAUCGUGCACGGAAAAGCUUCAGGCGCCUUGUUUGUUUGCCAAUUAGGCCGAGAGAAACUAAGGUGAACCGCUUCAGGUUUGUCCGUCGUUAUCAGUCAGCCAUAAUAGACCGGAGAUCGGGGAGCAUGCAGUUCAAAUCCGGACCACUUGGUCAUCUGCUAGAACACUGUUUCCUUGCAUCACGGAAUCACGCGUGCGGCAUCUUCUGUCUGUUUACUCGGAAGAUAUAUUUUCCCAGUAUUAUGAUAAGAAACUGCAAAAACUCUAAUUUACCAGCAAAAUAGGCAACCCAGUGUGUGUCCAUUAUAAUGUUGGUCGUAAAUAAAACACUUAUUACAGCACCCAGGACUCUCGCGGUCUGGGGACACGCAUCCGUAGAAUAAGACACUUUCGUCGAAGGGAAUUUAUUUCAUUUAACCCUUUGGGAUAUCUGCAAAAGUUUGAACAACACAACACAGGAUUGCUUUUCUGUGGUUUUUUGCAUGAAUGGGAUUGAUUUCAUGGAUGCUCGCUUGUAAAACAGCUUUACGUUCCGCAACCAAAGCCAAAGCGACGUACAGACUAGGCUUUCUGGCAUUUGUCCCCGAAUGCGCUAGUCAACGUAUCCUCGGUUUUUCGCUAAUAUUAACUUUUUAUUUCUUUUCAGUCGUCCUUAUCUCAGCGCUUCUCAAUAGAAGUUCGUGUCGCAAACGACUUUUCUAAUAUGACGCACUGUACUCCAACCAUUUUGUGGAGCCUCCAAUUUGAAUGUGUACCCUGUUUUAUCUAA